CUCGAACCCAGGCUCGGUGGGCUCCACAAAUUCUCCAAUAAAACGGCAGGUAGGGCCGAAGGGCACGCUGAAUCGGGUGACGAAGAAACAUAAAUCCUGUCACCAUCCUUCGCAGCCGGCGGCUGAACAGAUAAAAGAGGGCGCACCGAUCUAUACCGUGCUUUCCUCCAUCCGAAAGGAGACGAGGCAGAGAGAAGGCCAUGUACCAUCCUUCGAGAGGAGGCGUCCGUGGUGGUCGCGAUCAAUUCAAGUGGGAUGAUGUGAAGGUUGAUAAGCAUCGUGAGAACUAUCUUGGUCAUAGUAUCAAGGCUCCUGUCGGUAGAUGGCAAAAAGGGAAGGAUCUAUUCUGGUACGCCAGAGACAAGAAAUCUGAUGGAGCAGAAUCAGAUGCAAUCAAAGAGGAAAUAAGAAGGGUCAAGGAAGAAGAAGAACAGGCGAUGCGUGAGGCUCUUGGUUUGGCACCCAAGCGUGCUAGCCGGUCUCAAGGCAACCGGCUAGAUAAGCAUGAGUAUGCAGAACUUAUAAAGAGAGGAUCCACUGCAGAGGAUUUGGGCGCUGGCCAUGCUGAGGCAGCACAAGUCCAAGGCCUUGGCUUAUACAAGUUGCCUCUAAACCACCCAGAGUCAAGCUCACAACCAGACCACUUGAAGGAGAUUGCACCUGGCAAGGAUGAUGAUGCACCCACUGUAGCAAGCGAUGCAGAACUCUCCGAGGGAGACCUCAGGAAGAAGAGACGGCACGAAGAGAGGAGAGAUGAGGUGAAGAUGUGUGAAGAGAGGAGAGAUGAGAAGAGGAGACGGGAGAAGCACGAGAAAAAACGGUUUCAUGAUCCAAGUGAGAAGCAGAAGCAUCAGCAUCGCCACAGAGAGAAGGGGAAGAGGAGGCAUGAUUCCAACUGAUAGCUCUGGUGACCGGCGUCGUUCCUCAACGAACAGUUGCCAAUUUGUGAAAGGAUGUUAUUUCUAUCUUCCAAGUUUAGCUAUUGUUUUCGGAAAGGAUGUUAUUUCUUGUUGACAUGUAUCACACCAUCCAAACACAAUUACAUCUAGCCGGAUGGUUAAAGCAUCAUGUGUGCGAUUUAGAGUUUGAAUUACGUGGUUAGUGUUUGGUGUGCAUAAUCUUUAUAUUAUGCAUCAUGAUAAACUACAAAGGAUUUGUUCGUC